AUGUCACUACCUACUACUGAAAUACAAGAUGAUUUUGAAGAACCCUUUGACUGGACCAACAUAUACCACCACGACCCGCCAAAUGAAGACGAAAUUGAACACAACAUUGAUUGGGAUGAUGGACUUGCAUGGGCAAAACUUUUGGCUCAGUUGAGAGGGAUGACAGGGCUGGUGAUGUCGACCUUAGUGAUACCGACGAUGAAGAUGCAGAGGGCUCGGAAAUGGAAGUUGCUGAGAGCGGCAGUGAGAGUGAUGAAGAAUACGACACAGUCGAGUUUGAGAAUUAAAGCCCUCGGCAACGUCUAG